GCCUCUCUGUCAGCUUCUUAAUUCAGUUUUUUUAUGUGGCGAAAGCCAUGAGAGGAUCUAUCAUCUUCAGCUUCUUUCUGGAGCCCUCCAAAGCCUGCUUCCCUUGGGUCUGUGUGCUCCCUGUUCUUAUCCUGGGAUUUCUCCUCAUUAUCCAUUUAAAAUUGCACCUUUCCCCCAGGCACUCCUGAGGCCCCGCUGAUUUUUUCUUCCCUGUAGCACUAACAGCCUUCUAACAUCAGGGAAGAUUUGCUUAUUCAUUUGUCUCCCCCACCCUGCCUCCCGCCUGUGGCAUUUCACGAGGGCAGAGAUUUUUGUGUUUUGCUCACCAGGGAAUUGUCAACGUCUAGCACGGUGCCUGGUAUGGAGUGGAGACUGAAUCCAUACUUGUAUGACACUGUUCCAAUUCAGUCCAGCGUGGUGUUAUGUGCUUGCCCAUCCCCAUCAAUGGUGAGGACCCAGACUGAGUCCGGCAUAGUCCCUGGCAUUCCCACCGGUGGUAGCAGACAGGGCCCCACCAUGGACAGCACUGCGGCCGAGUCCCGACCGAGCACCAACUCGCUGCAGCACACCACACAGCCGCCACCACAGCCUCGGAAGAAACGGCCUGAAGACUUCAAGUUUGGGAAAAUUCUUGGUGAAGGCUCUUUUUCUACAGUUGUCCUGGCCCGAGAACUGGCAACCUCAAGGGAAUACGCUAUUAAAAUUCUAGAGAAACGUCACAUUAUCAAAGAGAACAAGGUCCCGUAUGUAACCAGAGAGAGAGACGUGAUGUCACGCCUGGAUCACCCGUUCUUUGUUAAACUUUACUUCACAUUUCAGGAUGAUGAAAAGCUGUACUUUGGUCUUAGUUAUGCCAAAAAUGGAGAACUCCUUAAAUACAUUCGCAAAAUUGGCUCAUUCGAUGAGACGUGCACCCGGUUUUACACGGCCGAGAUGGUGUCAGCUCUGGAGUACUUGCAUGGCAAGGGCAUCAUUCACAGAGACCUGAAACCGGAAAACAUUUUGUUAAAUGAAGACAUGCACAUCCAGAUCACAGAUUUCGGAACAGCAAAAGUACUAUCCCCGGAGAGUAAACAAGCUAGGGCCAACUCGUUUGUAGGAACAGCCCAGUAUGUGUCUCCAGAGCUGCUCACGGAGAAGUCGGCCUGUAAAAGUUCAGACCUUUGGGCUCUCGGAUGUAUAAUAUACCAGCUUGUGGCAGGACUGCCGCCUUUUCGAGCGGGAAAUGAAUAUCUUAUAUUUCAGAAGAUCAUUAAGUUGGAAUAUGACUUUCCUGAAAAAUUCUUCCCUAAGGCAAGAGACCUUGUGGAAAAACUUUUGGUUUUAGAUGCCACGAAGCGAUUAGGCUGUGAGGAAAUGGGAGGGUACGGACCCCUGCGAGCGCAUCCGUUCUUCGAGUCCAUCACGUGGGAGAACCUGCAGCAUCAGACGCCUCCGAAGCUCACCGCCUACCUGCCAGCCAUGUCAGAGGAUGACGAGGACUGCUACGGAAACUACGACAACCUCCUGAGCCAGUUCGGCUGCAUGCAGGUGUCCUCGUCCUCCUCCUCCCACUCCCUGUCCGCCUCGGAUGCAGGCCUGCCGCAGACGGCGGGCAGCAACAUCGAGCAGUAUAUCCAUGACCUGGACACUAAUUCUUUUGAACUGGACUUAGAGUUCUCCGAAGAUGAGAAGAGGUUGUUACUGGAGAAGCAGGCCAGUGGAAACCCUUGGCACCAGUUUGUAGAAAAUAACCUAAUACUAAAGAUGGGUCCCGUAGAUAAGCGGAAGGGUUUGUUUGCACGACGACGACAGUUACUGCUUACAGAAGGGCCACAUUUGUAUUACGUGGAUCCUGUCAACAAAGUCCUGAAAGGCGAAAUUCCAUGGUCACAAGAACUCCGACCGGAGGCUAAGAAUUUUAAAACCUUCUUCGUGCACACGCCGAACAGGACGUAUUACCUGAUGGACCCGAGUGGGAAUGCUCACAAAUGGUGCAAAAAGAUCCAGGAAGUGUGGAGACACAGAUACCAGAGCCACCCAGAUGCUGCUGUGCAGUGACAGGUCUGCGGCUGCCACAGUCGCUGCCAGGACACUUGCCCCAGCGCGGCUCGCCGCCCUCCGGGACGCUUCCAGACCACCUGCCAGCCAUCUCAAGGGGGACGCAGACGGCGGAACCUUGCAGCUUUUUUAUUUAAAAGAAAAGAAGAAAAAAAUACCCAACCACACAAAGAACAAAACCAAUAACAAAAAGGAAUUCAGGGUCGCUUUGCUUGCUCUCUGUGCUCUGUGGAGGCUCCCCAAGCUCUCUUUGCCUUGGGGACCCAGCGCCGUGCACGUCCACCUGAUUCCCGCCCGGGCGAGUGGAACAGGCUCGGGUCACCAGCUCUGCAUCACAUGCCCUGGUCAUGCACCGGCCGGUCCUCCUGUGGCCGAGGGGAUGGGGUGUGUGUCUGGGCUCUUCCUGCCCCUAGGUCAUCACAGAACCCGUCGGCAGGGAGCCCCAUGCACGCCUCUGCCAGGGUGACUUCGAUCUCUGGCGGGUGGGAGGGUUCUUGGCUUUGGUCUGUGUGCUUCUUUUCUUGUGUCCCUUACUUGAUGCCCCUUUGCCCUGCCAGGGCCCCUGCUUGCCUUCUUGCAUCGCUCUGGCUGUGAGCACUCCAUGGCUUGUGUUCAUUGGGCAGGCUCCAGGCGGGGAGACGUGGAGUGGGCUGUCGGGGUGCGCUGCGGAGCUGCUGCUGAGGUUGGAGGGUGCCAGCAGGCCGUUCGCAUUGAACAUCCCUCUGAGCGGGGUUGGCCCUGUGGAGCUCGAAAGAAGCACAGGUCUGGAAAGAGCACUGUGAGAAGUGGGCACCCAAUUGCGCCAGGAGACAGGGAAGGCUGUGCCCCACUCCGGGCGAGGCCAGGGCAUCAGGGCAGACUGGGCCUGGCGUCCCCCACGUGGAGGAGUGCUGCCUGAUGAGCCCCUCCUGAGAGUUUGGUCCGAGGGUGGAACAUGCAGGCAAACCGGCGCGGUUUGCUAGGGCUGAGGGUCUCUGGGCACCAGCGGUCAACCCGCUGUGACACACACCCCUUUUGUGGUGAGGGAACGUUCCUGUAGCCUGACUCCCCAGCACAUUCCCAUCUCCACAGUGAAAGUCUGAAAACCUUCUCAUGCUGCCAGGUCAUUUAUCCCCAUCAAGUUGUGGACCUUGCCGGGAAAAAAUGUUGCUCACCUUGCAUGAGGGGUAGGAACACCACACUGCAGUCUGAGCACCCAGCCUGCUUGCCCCCUGUGCUUUCAGCCUGCCUGCCUUUCUCUUUUCAGAGGCAGCACAGUGCUGCAUACCUACUGCAGGGGGUCCAAGAUUUGCUGGUCCUUUGAUUUCUUUGCUGCUGCUCCCUGGACAGAGAAAGCGGGUGCACCUGGGGGUGCUCAGAGCUCCUCUCCCUACCCAGGUUGUCCCUUGAGGGCAGUCUACAGCCCCAGGUGGGGGGUGGGGCGGGUGGAGGCACUGCUGCCUGCAGGCUGCUCACAGACUCAUCUCUGUCCCCAGGGGAUGAACAACUUUGCCGUUUCCUGGAGACUUUCACGAAGGCACCAGCAGAAGGCUCACACAGGAGAGGUCCCCCCUGACCACUCUGCCCCCAUCUCCUAUCUCGAACAAACCAUCUGUCACCCCGUGUUUACGAGUGGUCCAAAUCGAGAGAAAAGAUGUCUUUCUCAAACGUG